UUGUGCAAUUUUUUUUAGAGACUAGCGCGCGCUGUUCAAAACACAUAGAAGAAACGCGGGCAGAAGAAGCAGGAGAUCCGCCUGCAACUCAAACCAACAUUUAUUGUUUUGUGCAGCUCGACAGAAGCUUGUCCGGUAAGGGUUUGUGAAAAUGAUGCCAACCACUACCAGAAAGAGAAAGCUCUCCUCUCUGGACUCUGACAGUCACCCGGCUAAGAAGGGGGUGAGCGAGGCGAUGUCCCCCGUGAAGAGGAGAUCGCCCAGGAAGAAGCCAGUCAAUCUUCUGGACAAGGAGAACUGUGCCUCACCACAGAAAUCCCCAUGCAGACCAACAGACUCUCCAGCCAAAUCACCCCGUAAAUCUACGUUCAAACCAUCCAUGGUUACAAGCUCCUUCUACGGGAAGAAGAAGCCCAUCUAUCUGACUCCAUUAGAGAGGAAGGCGAUAAAGGAGUCUAUGCCAUCUCCUCCUCCUACUCUUCCUCCCCCCCCUCCCCAGGAGAAAAAGAAGAAGAAUGUUAAAGGAAGCAGCAAGCCGCGAAAGGUGGCUGCAGGAUUUGGUAACGCGGGGAAGAUGGGUGUCAAGGCGAUCAAGCUGCCUAAACUUAAUAGCAGUUUCACUGCUAAACCGGCCUCCGCUACAACCGCUGCUUCCGCCGCCAGCACCAAGCCAGCAGAGUCCAAGAAAGCCAUCACCAUCACUUUCAGCAGCCUGAAGCCUAAACCGAAGAUCUUUGUUGGAGCUGCUUUCUUCAGUACAGGGAAGAAACCUACAUCCAUGUACAAGAAAUCUGCUCCAAAAUCCUCAACCAGGCCGGCUUCAGGUCCAGUGAAAAGCAAAGCCGUCCUGCCGCAGACGAAGAGUGAGAAGCAGCAGCAGCUACCACCCGCCCCGGUGAUGAACCAGCAGCAGAAACAUCCCCAAGAGACUGACAACCAGCUGGUUGAGACAGAAGUGAACAAGUCGGGCGCCAAACAGAGAGCAAAGUUUGAUCCGACCGACUGGAUGGACUCUGUUAAUGAACAGCCUGAAACGCCAAAGCCAUUAAGCUCUCCUAAAAUGUUGAAAGAGAAAUACGGGAUUACCAAGGAGCUGACGAUUGUGUUGACAAGGACCCCGACACCAAGUCCUGCUUCCACAGCGGUAUCCCUUAGUACUCUGGAUGUUUCUCUGACUGAUGACGGCUCUGAGCCCCUCUUUGACCUGAGUGAUAUAAGUCCCACCAGUGCUGCUGCCAGCUCGCCCAAAGAAUCUGCAGCAGUGUAUCCCAUCUUUGGCUCUGCUUCCAAGAGGUUGAGAAAAGCUCUGCAGCCACCAGCGUCCUGCAGCACCCCCUCCGGACAGUUAACGUCACUCCAGACUUCUACCUCGACCAAAGAGCGACCUGCUCGCUGGAGGAAAGAGAAGCAGGAUGACGACCAGCUCAUCAUCGACGCAGGCCAGAAGCAGUUUGGAGCGACGACCUGCAGCUCAUGUGGGAUGGUGUACAGCGCAGACAAUCCAGAGGACAAUUUUCAACACACCCAGUUCCACCAGCGCUUCCUCGACGCCAUCAAAUUUGUGGGCUGGAAGAAGGAGCGGGUGGUGUCCGAGUUCUGGGAUGGAAAAAUUCUCCUAGUCAUGCCAGAUGAUCCCAAAUAUGCCGUCAAAAAGGCUGAGGAUGUGCGGCGUCUAGCGGACAAUGAGUUGGGUUUCCAGCAGAUGACUCUGAGCAGACCCUCACAGGCCAAGACCUACCUCUUCAUCAACACAGAGCGCAUGGUGGUGGGAUGUCUCGUCGCUGAACCUAUACGUCAGGCUUACAGAGUCCUCGAGCAGCCGGAUCAACACAAAGACAUGACGAAGGACGACUUCAUGGAGCGGCACAGAGCCUGGUGCUGCUCCACUGUCCCAGAACAAGCUCUGUGUGGGAUCAGUCGGAUCUGGGUCUUCAGUCUGGCCAGACGACAGGGCAUCGCAACCCGCAUGCUCGACACCGUCAGGAGCACCUUCAUGUACGGCAGUCAUCUAACAAAGGAAGAAAUCGCCUUCUCUGACCCGACACCUGAUGGCAAACUGUUCGCAACAAAGUACAGCAACACGCCAACCUUCCUAGUUUACAACUUCAUUGCAUGAACUUGGGGAAAAAAUGUAACGGAAGUAUCACAGAUCACCAGAUCCUCGUAUGCAAAGCCAUAACUGUUCAAGGUUUGUAUGUUGACUAGGCCAGACUUUAGUUUGUAUUGAGGAGUGUUUAAGUUUCAGUUGUAUAAUUAUAUUUCAUUCUUUGUCCAGGAUUAAGGUCUAAAGGUUUUAAAGGUUGAUGAUACACCUGUUGUCACUCAGUAUUUAUAUUCAGUACUGCCUAAUUAACUGUUGAAUGUUGUGUGUGUAUAUUAGCAGUGCUUUCUAUUCAGAUGUUUAUAUUGGGUUUGAAACUACAGUGACUGAAAGUAUUUCACAAAUCUGAAUAUACCCACUUUGCUUGCUUUGAUUCAUCUUGAAUUGGAGGACUUGUUUAUAAUUUUUACUUUUGCAAAGACAACUGGUAGCGUCUUGAUAUGUUCAUUUAAAUGUUCCUAUUUUUUUCCUUCAUUCUACCAGCUCUUUUUUUAUUUUUAUUUUUUUUUUUGAAAAGUGGAUGCCAUCAUUGUUUUGGGCACUCCACUUUGUAAAUUAAACAUAUUGCAUUUGUUUUAUGAUCCUAA